AUGCUAGGUUUUCAUAAAUCGAGGUACCUCAGAAUUUUACGGCAGAGACCGCAUUUUAGAGGUUCUGAGCAAUGGUUCAUCCAGAAACUGGAUCAUUUCAACGCCGCUGAUGGGAGGGUUUGGAAACAGAGAUUUUAUAUCAACGAUACAUUUUAUCAGACUGGGGGUCCUGUCUUUCUGAUGAUUGGUGGAGAGGGAACUGCAAACCCUGCAUGGAUGGACUAUGGUGCCUGGUUAACAUUUGCAGAAAAGUUAGGUGCCCUCUGUAUACUUAUAGAGCAUCGAUUUUAUGGAAAAAGUCAGCCAACAAUGGAUUUGAGCAUUUCAAAUCUUCAAUACCUCCGUUCUGAUCAGGCGCUCGCAGACCUUGCCCACUUUCGGGCUAAGGUGGAUGUGAAAAUGAACCUUACCCUUAACAAGUGGAUUGCUUUUGGAGGUUCUUAUCCAGGAUCCCUUGCAGCGUGGUUUAGACUGAAGUACCCACAUCUGGUCCAUGCUGCCGUUGCAUCCAGUGCACCAGUGCAAGCUGUCGUCAACUUUCCGGAGUAUUUGGAAGUGGUUAAUUAUUCCUUGGAAAGUUUCAAUACCCCAUGUCCUCUGCUGGUGAAGGAUGCCUCUGACACUCUGGUAGAGUUGCUGGCAAAUACUAGAAAGCAUAAGCAGAUAACACAAGAUUUCCACUUAUGCGAAAAACUUAAAAUAAAAUCUGAAAUGGAUUCUGCUUAUUUAUUGGAGACAUUGGCUGGGAAUUUCAUGGAUGUGGUCCAAUAUAAUAAGGACAACAGAGCUUUUGAGGACCCAAAAGGCGUUAACAUCACCAUUGACGUGCUCUGUACUAUAAUGGAGAAUUCAUCACUGGGCAUACCUUAUGAGAGAUAUACAGAAGUUUCACACCUCCUACUGAAGACGUAUGAAGAGAAAUGUGUAGAUGCAAGUUACAGCAAGUUUGUAUCUGAUAUGUUGAACACCUCCUGGGCUGCACCAGCAGCAGAUGGAAGUAGGCAAUGGGCCUAUCAGUCAUGUACAGAAUUUGGCUAUUAUCAGUCAACUGAUUCAUCACUGCAGCCUUUUUCUGGCUUUCCUCUUAGUUACAAACUUCAGCAAUGUGUAGAUUUAUUUGGCCCAGCAUUUAAUGACACUGUAGUUGCUGAUGCUGUCGAACACACCAAUGAAAACUAUGGAGGCAUUAAAAUCAAAGGAAGUCGGAUAGUCUUCCCUAAUGGCUCAAUGGAUCCCUGGCAUGUACUGGGCAUUACCGAAGAGCCUAAAGCUAUUUACAUUCAAGGUACAGCCCAUUGUGCUGACAUGUACCCAGAAAAACAAACUGAUAGACCACAACUUGUUAAGGCAAGAGAAGAAAUUUUGCAGCGACUCAAAACCUGGAUUGAAGAAUGA